AUGAUGCAGAAUUUACAUCAAGUUGAUAUUCAAGAUGCUGCCAAGUUGGGACAUAAUAAUUCAUUGGUUCAAUCUUCAACAACAGAAAGUGAUGAGGCUUCAUCUUCGACACCAAAACGAGCUAGAUCAGAUAUCGGAGCGGCUUUUUCAAAAAUAUCAGCAUAUGCUAAAGAUGGUGAUAAAAACAAACAAAUAACUCAGAGCAUUGCGAAAAUGAUAUGCCGGGACAGUCUUCCUUACAGUAUGGUAGAAGGAACAGGUUUUAAAAAUUUAAUGAAGACUGUGGCUCCUUUAUACAAGGUUCCAUGCCGUAAAACUAUCACAAAUCUCAUUGACACUAAAUAUGAAGAAAAAAAAAUCAUAAUCAAAGAAAAAUUACGGUCUGUUAAAAACGUGUGUCUCACAUUAGACGAAUGGAAGGAUAUGCAAUUAAGAAGUUUCUUAGGUGUGUCUGUACAUUUUAUAGAGAACUAUAAAAUGAAAACAAUAAAUAUUGCGUGUGAGCCACUGCAUGAUAAUCAUAGAGGGGAAUACUUGUCGGAGGUAAUUCUUAAAGUUUGUGAAAAUUGGGGAUUAUCUCAUGAAAAAAUUGUGAGUGUUACUACAGAUAAUGGUAGUAACAUAGUUAAAGCUAUUGAAAUUACUUUUGGACGAGCAAAACAUGUUCGAUGCUUAGCACAUACAUUAAAUUUAGUAGUCGAAAAUGCUGUGAAUUCUUCGGAGAUUAAACUUUUUUUGGAUAAAGUCCGAAAGAUCGUAACUUGGUUCCACCAAAGUGGUGUAGGUGCUGAAGAGUUGCGACAGAUACAAAUGCAGCAAGGUGUUCCAGAAGGAAAAUUAAAGCAUUUAAUCGGAGACGUAUCUACAAGAUGGAAUUCACAAUUAUUUAUGAUUGAACGUUUUGUGUCAAUGAGCAGUAUGAUUGGAUCUAUUUUGAUAAAUCAUCCGAAUGCACCCCAAAUGCUUCAAGCAAAUGAAAUUGUUGUCUUGAAAAAAAUUGGAAAAGUUUUAAAGCCUUUUCACAAUGUUACUGAAGAAAUGAGCGCUGAGAAAUAUGUGACAGCUAGCAAAGCUAUACCUAUAAUCAAGUGUUUAAGAGCAUUGUUAGACGCAAUACCGACAACCAGUGAUUUAGCAAACCAAUUAAAAUAUUCACUACAGACUUAA